GUGAACUAGUUUUUAUGGAAACGACGAACUGCUGGUCGUUCACUCGUUCAUAUUUAACACAUGCAGUGGACGUGGGGACAGCUCUGUGGAAUAUUUCUGACCGCAGUUGUGUCUCUCUUAUUAGGCAUAGCCAUACAGUUGGACAAUACUCCCGCAGAUAACGAAGAUUGGAAUUUCAGAAUGGCUGAAAGUGCAGAUUCAAAUAAAGCAAGCUUUCAAGAGAAACAGCAGAGUGCGUUUGUCGUUGGUUAUACAGGAGAAGUUGGAAAAGAACUCGUCAAAGAGUUAGCGACAAGUAACAUAUUUUCUAAAGUUACACUCUUAGGUAGAAGGGUUGUUGAGUAUGAAGAUGAGAAACUUAAAUCACUGGAGCAAAAAGUUGUUGAUUUUGACAAGUUAGAUGAAUACGAAGACCUAUUUAAAGAUCACGAUGUUGGAUUCUGUUGCCUCGGUACAACUCGGGGGAAAUCUGGCGUGGAGGGGUUCAAGAAAGUGGACCAUGAUUAUGUCUUGAAAACAGCAGAGCUUGCAAAGAAGACAGGAUGUCAGCAUUUCAAUUUAUUAACGUCGGUAGGAGCCAAUAAGAACAGUUCAUUCCUAUAUCCGAGAACCAAGGGUUUGGUUGAAUCAGAAAUUACAGACUUGGAUUUCAGCCGAUUAUCAAUAUACAGACCUUCGAUGUUGUUGUGUGAUCGUACAGAAAGUCGUCCCGGUGAGUGGGUCCUUAAAAAACUACUGUCACCAGUUACCUACUUAGCACCAACGGCUAUAUCAGUACCAACCAGUACGGUUGCCAAGGCGAUGGUCAACAACUGCGUCGCUCCACCUGGUGAUAAGAAAGUGGAAAUCUUUGAAAAUAAAGCAAUACAUCAGAUUUCUGGGACUUUGAAGAAAAAAUAAUGAUUUUAUAAACUUUAAAAGGUUAUCAAUCAAAUGU